GGCCAGGGUCUGAGCUGCCCAGAGUGGGAGCCGGAGCCCGAGCAGCAGCGGCCCCUUUAAGGAGCCGCUCUGCGGUAACCCGAGCCCGCAGUCCAGGCGGGCGCGGCGGCCGCGGCGGUAGCUGGAGCCUCGGCGACUGCACCUCCAAGCGGCCCGGAGCUCGCGGCUUCCCUGGCUCCCGCCAGCAUCUCGCGGGGCGGCACUGGCCGGCGCCAGCCCUCGGGCCGGGCCGGAUGACCAGACGCCUGUAGCCACCCGCCGCCUCUCCCGGCUCCGCGCAGCCGCCGCCCGCGCGCCACUCGCCCCGGGACUCGGCACAGGUUGAAGAAAUAUGGAUGUCAACACGAAAUUGUUCAUCAGCAUUAUUUGUACCAGCUUUUUCACCUUUCAGCUUCUCUUCUACUUUGUAAGUUACUGGUUUUCAGCAAAAGUUUCUCCAGGUUUCAAUAGUCUCAGCUUUGAAAAGAAGAUUGAAUGGAACUCAAGGGUAGUAUCCACAUGCCAUUCUUUGGUGGUUGGUAUUUUUGGCCUGUACAUUUUCUUAUUCGAUGAGGCUACUAAAGCUGAUCCACUUUGGGGUGGUCCAUCACUUGCAAACGCAAAUAUUGCUAUUGCUUCAGGCUACCUCAUUUCUGAUUUGUCCAUUAUAAUUUUGUAUUGGAAAGUGAUUGGUGACAAAUUUUUUAUAAUACAUCAUUGUGCAGCCCUGUAUGCAUACUACUUUAUACUGAAAGAUGGAGUGCUGGCAUACGUUGGGAAUUUUCGCCUGCUUGCAGAGCUUUCCAGCCCUUUUGUGAAUCAGCGGUGGUUCUUUGAAGCUCUGAAGUAUCCCAAGUUUUCCAAAGCUAACGUUAUCAAUGGAAUACUCAUGACAGUAGUGUUCUUCAUCGUGAGGAUUGCGUCAAUGCCUCCUCUUUACAGCCUCAUGUAUUCUGUGUAUGGAACGGAACCCUACAUAAGGCUUGGAUUUUUAAUCCAGUGUUCCUGGAUCAUUAGUUGUGUUAUUUUGGAUGUGAUGAAUGUCAUGUGGAUGAUCAAAAUUUCAAAAGGUUGCAUCAAAGUCAUCUCUCUCAUCAGACAAGAGAAGGCCAAAAAUAGUCUUCAGAAUGGAAAACUUGAUUAAAGGAGUGCUACUGAUAAGUAAACUUUGUUACUACCCAGCAUUAUAACUGCUGAUGGGAUGAAUUCUUGGCAUGUUCUUGUGUAUCUUUAUUAAUUAUAAUUGUUAUUCAGGAUUUCAGUGUCAUUUUUUUAACCUUUAGAAAAGAGAAACUGAAAUUUACUUUUCAUCCCAAGAUGUCUUUUCUGCCUUUCUUUUGCUUAAUUUAUAAGCAUGGAUAAAAAUCCUAAAGGCGUAAAUAAAAAUGAUAAAUAUUGUGGUGAAUCUUUUGAGAAACCUCUUAACCUGCAUUGGUAUUUUUCUCUGUGAAAGAUGACUAUGAUAAUCUGGUACAGUUGGUUUUAUAACACCAAUUUUGCUGAAAGAAUGGGAACUGCUUUUAAAUCUGUAAAUAGCUCUUAACAUUUGUUGUAUGCACUCUUUUCUUACUAUGGCUGCCAACACCUGUGUGGGGUUUAAUUUCUAUAAAUUGUUGGCAUGUUCUUCUUCUCAGGCUAUUCAGAAGUAAUAACAUUUUUCAUUUCAGACAUGCAAUCACCUAUUAAUGAUGAAAUAUUUUACCACUUUGGGAAUAUUUAAUUAGUCAUGGAAAAUACUUCCUGCAUUUUAAGAUUUUUCAAAUAUCACUUUCUUAUUUCUAUUUUAGCAUUUUAUCAAAUUAUUGCUUUUUUCUUUUAUAGUCAGGCUUAAGACAGAUUAGAAACCUCCUUAAGAGAUGAAUUUCUUCUUCUAAAAAUGCAUGUCGAUAGUGGACUAUUUUGGCUUAUAGAAGGAAUCAUUAAGGAAGAAAGCUUUAACACUAUCCCUAUCUGCUUUCCUUGCACUUUUUCUGUGAAAAACCUUUUCUGUUUGCACAAUCUUCCCUGAGUUCUGAACCCAGCAUCAUCAGUACCAAAGUCUUAUGCAAUACAUAUUUAUUAUGCUCCUGAAAUAGGCCUCUUCUUGAUGAGACCCUAACUAUUACAAAAAAAUCAGUAUUCAUAUUUUACUCACAAUUUACUCCCGUGCUUGCUUAGUUGGCAUUUUAGUGCUUUGAAUUUCUGUCUAUCUUAAAGCACAUAAAAAAAUAAGGUCAUUUAAUCCAAGUAUCCUAUCAUCAAAAAUUACUGUCUGAUUAUAUGAAGAUAAAUGACUGGCGACUCUCAUGUGUGUAUGCGUUUUGCUUUUACUUUGGUUCUUGCAAUCCAAAUAUAGAAUUAUAUAUUUAUCUAUUAUUGCCUUUAUUUAUUUUUUAAGCACUUGACUUUAAUGAUUAUUCUUACCUGAGAAAGAAAUUUAAUUCAACCAGUGAUGAAUACUUGAAAUUAAUUGAACUCAUACUAAAAGAUCUAAUCCAUUCAGUUUCUCAGUUUGAAGGAGAAUGUUUGACUCACUUUCAUUUUCAUGCUAGCCGAAUAUAAUCAAGACUUUUGAUUUGAUUACCCAAUCAAGAUAGAGCCUGGUAAGUUUUAAAAUGUUUAAAGAGGAUUGAAAUCUCAGUCAAUAACUAAAUGAGGAUGAUAAAAUGAGAUUGAUUGGCUUAUACUAGGUACAUUUAUUUGUGAAAGAAUUGGUGUAAAAUAUAGUUAUUUUUAAAGCCGCCAAUAGUACACUGAUAAUAGUGCUGUCCACAUCAUAGGCGCUUAAAUAUGUACUGGCUUUCUAGAGGGGGGUAGGAAAGCAAGUGAUUUUAUCUUGUUCUUACCUUUUUGCAGGAAAAGUGGCUUUUAAAAAAAGGAAAAUAUUUAUAUAAUAAAGCUGUUUUGGAAAUCCAUUCUUUUAGAAAGAGACCUUGAGAUAAGUAUUUUUUGACUGUGGAUUUUUCUAUAGUUCUGAACAGGUUUUAAACCCACUAUCAAAAUGAAGACAAUAUAAAGCUAUAGUAUUAGUGAGUCUCCAUGUAACAAUUUAUUUUUAUAGUUACCGUUUCAUGCUUAAAACUUUAUUCUUACUUUCAUUAACAUUACCCUUCACUGGUAUAGCUACUCACAAAAUACGUAUCUUUAAAAUAUCAAAAUUUUGAACCAAAGUUUGUGAUUCCCUUAUUCAGCAAUCUUUGUCUUAUGCUGGCCGCAUGACAGUUAAUUCAACAUCCAGAUUAAAUAUCCUAAAGUGGGUUCUAUAUAUUUCCUCAUAUAACAGACAUGGAAUGGAAAUGCCGCUACAAAUUGCCCUGCUACUUUAAGUCUGACCUUUGCAAGAGAUACACUUUGCUGUUCUAUGAUUGUAUUCACCUACCUAAAAUAACAGAUGAAGACAGAACAUAUCAUUUACUAAACGAUGAAUUUUUCAUUUAUUAAAAACUUUUGCUAGACAUUUUAAAUAUUAAGUAUUUUGACUACACAGAUUAAAUGAUUCUAUCAGGCAUUCUGCUAUUUAACAACUUAAAAUAUUUGUAGAAAAAUUAAAGCAAAUUGAUAUAAAUUUUUAAGCAAUUCUAUUUUUGUAGAAAAAAAAUGACAACCUAUAAUUAUAAAGUUCUUUGAAUGUGUAGUAUCCUAGAAAAUAAAAGUUCUUGUAAAACUUAAAAAUGAAUGAAAACCAACUAAUAGCGUGCAAGAUCAUAGAUCCUGCAUUAAAUUUUUAUUUGUGAAAUAUUAAAAAUUAUGAGCUUUAGCUUAUAAAGUUUGCCUUCUUAUGUGUGUCUAAAGUCUUUUGAAGGAUUAUUUGCAUUUAUAUAAAACUCGAAAUGGAGUUAUAUAUGAGUGCAAAGAAAUUAACUUCUGCUCAAGUAUGUUUUGAUACCCUCUAGUAAGUUGAAUUAAAUUUUUAUCCCAAUUGUUUUUUGUUGUUGUUGUUGUUUCAUGGACUAGCCUUAUGUUAAAUGAAAUAAUAGUUAUGUUGUUACCACCCUUAAGAGUGACUCUGAUAUAUUAUCGAUGACCCAGGACUGUCUUAAAGGUCUAGUUUUAAAAACCGCCUAGUUUGUAAGUAUUUGAAUCCAGUUCUUUUUUAAAUUUUAAUAAUUUGACUCACAGUUUUUGCGACAGGGUCAACUUUUAAAUUGUAUACUUCCUCUAAGGCACACUGGGCAUUUGGAGAAUGGUUCUUCACUAGUGUGGAGGGCCGGGUUUACUAUUGGUUGUACCAUCUGUUAUCAGGCUUGCAGACACAUUUUUCUUCUGGAGAAACAGAGGGGAAAGUGUCGUUGCAGUGUACAUGUUUCCUCUGUGUCAUUUUGAAGGGAAAUAAACAUGUUCCAAAAGAUGCUAUUAAAAUAAAUAUUUGAACAACUUUUCUGUUUCUAGGUUGCUCUUAAUUCCAGACAUUUAAAUAGAUGUGCAUUUAAAUGGCUUUAAGUGGUUUAGUCUAUUAGCUGAAAUGGAAACAUCAAUAAUACUUAAUAAAAGUUUAUGUAUUUUUAUGUGUUUUGGAUUCCAUAAGACAUGAACUUAGAUAAUUUUAUCAAAAGUAGCACAGUGUUUCUCAGCAAGUGUGAGCCAGCAUACAGGGAGAGCCUGCCUGUGUCUCCGGGUGCACACAGAGCUUCCCAACCCUAAACAGCUAAUUGAAAUACAAAAGCUACUGAAAGUGAGUUCUGCUGCAAAACACAUGUACUGUGUGUGGGAACAAUGAAAAGCUAGAGGACCUAGAGUUAGAGGAGGCAUUGAGAGUGCUUUUCCCUGAAACGCCCUGAUAGUCUUCCCUCGAUCUAGAAGUUUUCUCUUUGAAUCCUCCCAUCUGUUCCUCCUAAUACCCCAGAUGACUUCAUCUGCAUCUCCCUCUUUUAUGCUAACACCCUUCUUUUGUGACCUCCCCAUAUAUCUGUAAGCUUCCCAGUCUCAUGGCAAAUUUAAAAGUUUAUAAAUAGGUUCUCUCCUUGAAAAAAAACACAGUUUAAGUAGAACUCAGAACAACCAUGACUUACUAAGAGACUACAGGAAGCCAUUCAGCAUUCAAUAAUACCUAUUUACAACAUGAGGCAAAGCUAAUAAUGUUAUGGUUUUAUUAAGAGACAUCUGUCAUCUCUCUUUUUCUUAAACUGGUUUAACAAUCAGAGCUUUGUAAUAAUGUGUUUCAGCUGAAGAUUUAUUAUAGGCUUGUAAAUUAUCUAAAUGUUCUUUUUAGACCGCAUGACGGAAGCACAGAGGAAUGGAGAUAACGCUGUGUUAUGGGAGGGUGGGUGCUGGCUUGUGGCAGAAGUACUUUAGAGUCCUGCUCUUCAGGAAAAACUUUGCUCUGGUAAUGUUUCUUUGAAAACAAAUUUACCAGCUACUGCGUUACUUGGUGUUUUCCAAAGUACAACACCCAAGGACUUGAACCCUACCCCUUUCUAGGCCAGACUAGGCCAGCUUCUACUUGCUUUGAUAAUAAUUCAUACCUUUAUUGGUAGAUAUUUUGGAUAGCAGUGGAGAACUGAAGGCAGCUCCUAAAGAUUGGUUUGUUUGCGUUGAAAACAUUGACACUUAUUCACUCUCAGCAGCAGACGGUUUUGAUAUCAGGCCCUAUACAUAAGACCAAAACCAGAAGUAUUUCUAAAUCUCAAAGAUUUAUAAGUAUAGUACCUCUGGCUGAAAACUCGUUAAACAUCCUCUGUAUAUUUUUUCUUUCUAUCUUUAUGUAAUUCGUUCUGUAAUUAAAUGUACAUUAGGGUUAUCUGUUUUAACAAGCCUGAAGGUAUAGCUGUACAUGGAAUGUGCUCUGUUUUUCUGUUUCCUGCUUGGUUUGUUUCUGGUAUGACUGUGUCCACUUUUUACUUGACGAAUUUUGUAUAGAUAAUACUCUCACUAACUUGUAAAUAGGAUAAGUUAUGAGAUUUUUUUGGUAUUAGAAUUUGUAAUAAUGACAUUUAGAUUUUAUUUGAAAAAGUUACUUGGAAACCAGUAAAUAGAGCUAUAGUGAUAUAUAUAUAGAGAUAAAUACUUUUUUCUGAGAAUGUAUAAUAUAUAAUUGUCAAAGAUUUUUGGAAGUCUUUUAAAGUAUACUUAAUCAUAUUUUGAGAACAUACUUUCAAAUUUGUUUCCAUAAGGCUGAAGAACUUUUAUUUACAAAAUGUAUGACUAAUUUAUGAAUCAGUGUUACUAGGACUUAUCAGUUCUUAAAAUAGCAACUUUGCAUUCUGUAUUUUGUUUCCUGGUUGUUUUAUUUGGAGGGAUAAUAAAUGUCUAAGUUAUUUCCAUUAACAUUUUUGAAAUGUUUGUAUACUUUAUGUGUGCCAUUUUAAAGUAUAUGCAAGUUCUAAGCAAUAAUCUGCAUGUUAUACAAGGUUGGCAUACUUUGUCAUGAAAUUUUUAUUUAAUAUUUUAAGAAUGAUGAAAUCAACACCCUAUAAAUCACCCUUCUCCGCCUCCCCUCCAUGAAAACCUUGGGAUUUUUCUUGUGCUAGAACACUACCGCAGUGUGGUGCAAAGCUUUGUAUUUGUGGAAGAAAACAAUAAAAUCACAAUUAUUUAGUGC